UUACAAGCUCAAUUUUAUUUUGAAUGGAUAAUUAUUGAUUAGAAUUCUUUUGCAAUGUAUUUAAGGCAAAAUAAAACUGCCCCAAAAAUUCGACGGAAUCCGUAGCUACGACAUUGCAUGGCCGUUAAACCAAUACGUUCUAUUACGAGAACAUUGUUUCACCCUAUCACAUCAUUUAUUUAUUGAAUAGAACACUAAAGUUCUUUCGAGAUCUGCUAAACUUUUUUGGAUUAUAACCAAAGAAUAAAGAAACAACUCUGAUCUUUCAUGAUUGCUUAUUACCCCAUACAGUCCAUAUUGAACAGACUCUUUUCAAUGAAGAAAAUUGAAUGAUGAGAUCCUGAGAUAAGUUGAUGAAAAAAACAAUUAAACGAGUGCGGACAAAGUCUUUUUAGAUAAAAAGACUGAAUUAACUACUAGAAUUUAUGCACUAUAUUAAUAAACUGAUUGGAUGUUGCAUAGAGUUUUAAAGCAGUUUAAAGAACUUUUUUAAUUAGAAAGACAUAUAACAUUAUGAUGAAAUUUUUUGUUAGAACUAAUUUGUAUGAAAAACCUUUUUCUAUACGAACGAAUGUUUAUACUUCUGACGAUUCUGUCUUUGACUUGGAUUUUGUUUAUACUUACUACUUUUAUAUACUCUUCAGUCACGUUCACAUGUCCAUUUCGCCUCAGUCUGGUGUCUUGCAAAUAUUAUUUGAUUUGAUUUUCAAAAAUUCUCAUGCUUGAAUCAGAUUGAAACAAAAACCAAAUUGAGGCGAGAUGAACAUAUGAACGUGGUUUUAACUUUAUUUGUUUUCUCUUAUUGUCUCAGAUGGCAAAUUUACCAGCUGAUGCUAAAGUUCUAGAAGCUUUACCGUUGUAUGAGAAAUUGAAAAAUGAAUGGAAUCGUAAACCACCAAAUAUUGAAAAAUGUGAUGAAUUAUUACGAUCGUUGAAGAACUUAUUCGCUGAAGGUGGUUUUUAUCCGUCUGAUAUUAGUAAAGAUACACGUGGUUUGCUUAUUGCACGCGAUACAUUAGAAAUUGGUGCGCAAUGUGCUGUAACAAUGGGUGAUAUUCCAGCAUUUGAACGUUCAUUAGCUCAAUUGAAACCAUUUUACUUUGAUCUGGGUUUUUGUUUAUUUCUUCUUGAGGAACUUGAACUAUUACCACCAAAGGAUAUACAAAAUAAUCUUUAUUUAAAACAUCCAGUAUCAUUAGAACAAUAUUUAAUGGAAGGUAGUUAUAACAAGGUGUUCUUAGCUAAAGGUUAUGUUCCAUCACCGUCAUCCAAUUUUUUCAUGGAGAUCUUACUUAACACCAUACGAGAUGAAAUAGCGUAUUGUAUGGAAAAAUCUUACAGACGAAUUCCGUUUAAUGAAGCUGGAAAAAUUUUAUCUUUGAGCAAUACAGAUGAGUUAAAUCGAAUUGCACAGAAAAUAAUGGAUUUUAAUUUUUCUCAUAAAGUCACAGAAGCUGAAGAACAUGUACGUCAAGCUGACAAAUAUUUGAAAACGUCGUUGACCAACUGGAAACCCGAUUUGGAUAGUGCCAUAAAUGAAUUAGAAAAAGCUAUGUCCUGUUAUCGUAUUGCAAAUUCGUACGAUAAAUGUCUUGAAAUUUCGUUGAGAAAUGCUGAAUUACAACUUAAAAAAGAGUCAAAAUUUUUUGCUGCCAAAUCAUAUGAACAAGCGGCUACAUGUGCGCAACAAAUGAACGAUUUACCACAAUCAGCAAAGUAUUUUGAUAAAGCUGCACAACUGUUAAUCGAAGGAGGUCAGCGUGAUUCAGCUGUGAUCUUGUAUGAACGUAUUGGUCCUGUAUUUCAAAAUUUUGAUCGUUUAUUAGCUAUUGAUUUCUAUGUGAAAGGUGCUCGUAUAGCCGAAGUCGAUGAUAAAACACAUCAAGCGUCAGAAUUGUAUGAGAAAGCUGCCUUGCAAUCAAUACGUCAAUCACAAAAUUUCACACAAACCAGUGAAUUAUUAGAAAAAUGCUCACAUAUUCUUGUAAAAAUGGAACGUUAUGAUCGUUUAAAUCGUAUUUUACUUUAUCGUAUUUUAAUUAAAUUAUUUAUGGAUGAUUUUGUAGCUGCCAAUAAUUUGUUUGAACGUUUUUGUCAAGAAUAUCCAACAUUUGCCGAAUGGGAGGAAGCACAAAAUAUACAAAUGUUAAUAGAAGCAUUUGAACAAGACGAUCCAGAUUUAAUCAGUCAAAAUUGUCAGCGCCCGUUUUUUUUGGCAAUCGAUAAUGAAUUUGUUCGUUUAUUGAAAAGAUGGAUUAGACCAACGGCGACUAAGCGUCCUCAGAACGGUGCAGCUGUGGAAUCAAGUAGUAGUGGGGGUAAUCAUUCUGGAAUUAGUCAGACGACAACGAUAUCUACAGUGAAACCUCUUCAAUUAGAUGAAGAUGAUUUACGAUAA